GGCAGAGGAGAGAGGGAAAGGCAGAAGGAAGAAACUGGAGAAGUUCUCAAAGAGCUUGCUCACUAAAUGGGGUCUCACAACGGUCAGGUUCAAGAGUUGCCUCCACCUCUAAUAACUCCUGUAAAUACGUGUGAUGAACCUCUUCCAGUUGAGGAAACAAAGAGGCUGGGGUGCCCUGGGUGCCAACUAGAUGAGGUCAACAAGGCCAGCACCAGCGUCCCCUACCGCAACUUCUGCUUCAUCUGGAUCAUCUGCCUCACUGCCACUCUACCGAUCCAAUCAUUGUUCCCUUAUCUAUACUUCAUGAUCAGGGACUUGAAAGUUGCAAAAGAAGAGCAAGACAUUGGAUUUUAUGCUGGUUUUGUCGGGGCAACCUAUUUCCUUGGAAGAACCAUAAGUGCUGUGCCAUGGGGCAUGUUUGCUGACAAGUAUGGAAGGAAGCCAUGCAUUGUGAUUAGUAUCCUCUCAGUGAUUAUUUUCAACACACUCUUUGGACUUAGCACAACUUAUUGGAUGGCAAUUGUAACUAGGGGAUUGCUUGGAUUGCUAUGUGGUAUAUUGGGACCCAUCAAGGCCUAUGCUUCAGAAGUCAGUAGGAAAGAACAUCAAGCUCUAGGAAUCUCUUUUGUUACAUCAUCACGAGCGAUAGCUCUUGUUAUUGGGCCAUCUAUUGGAGGCUUUCUUUCACAGCCUGCACAAAAGUACCCAAAAAUUAUCUCUGAAGAGUCCAUAUUUGGAAGGUUUCCAUACUUCCUCCCUUGCUUCGUCAUUUCAGUGCUAGCAGUAGGAUCAUGUAUUGCAUGCAUUUGGCUUCCGGAAACGCUGCACUUUCAUGAUGACGACAAAGUAGAAGCUAUUGAAGAACUUGAGUCACAAGUUGGUGGUUCUAAAUCUACAGAGAAUCUGCUAAAGAACUGGCAAUUGAUGUCAGCAAUAAUCAUCUUUUCUAUCUUUUCUCUCCAUGACACUGCUUAUCUUGAGAUAUUUUCACUCUGGGCUGUGAGCAGCAGAAAAUUUCAGGGCCUAAGCUUUACAUCCCAGGAUGUUGGUACUGUGUUCGCCUUCUCAGGGCUUAGUGUACUGGUAUAUCAACUUACCAUUUAUCCCUUCAUUUCGAAGUUUGGACCAAUCAAGACAUUUCGGCCUGCAGCGAUCUUGUCCAUUCUUCUCCUCACAACGUAUCCAUUCAUGUCCAAUCUACAUGGCCUGGAGCUCAAAAUACUUAUUAACAUGGCAUCAAUUCUGAAGAAUGUGUUUGCUGCUACUAUUACUAUUGCGUGCAACAUUUUGCAAAAUACUGCAGUGACACAAAAGCAGAGAGGUACUGCUAAUGGUAUCUCUGUUACAGUGAUGUCAACGUUCAAAGCUGUAGCUCCAGCAGCAGCAGGAAUUAUAUUUUCAUGGGCUCAGAAGCACCUAAGCGGGCUAUUCUUACCUGGUAACCAGAUUCUGUUCCUCACGCUUAACAUGGUGUCGAUAAUUGGCCUAGUGCUGACAUUCAAGCCAUUUCUCUCCCUGCCAACUCCAAUGAGGCAUUAAUAACUCUGGGUACAUGAAGUUUGUUACCUAUGAAUUACAUAUGGAGUGCACUGUCAGACUGCGCAAAAGAAAUAUGGUUAUCCAUGAUGAGCACCAUGUGAGAUUUUAGUAGAAUGUCAUAGAUAGACUAAAUCUGUGUCAGUUAUUUAAUGAGGCGAUAAUUCAAUGACGGAGUAUUAAGUGAUCAUAUGGAUUGACGAACGUAAUUGUCAUGCAUCUGGUUUACCUCCAUUAGCUAGGUCUAUGAUAGUAUUGUGAUAAAACGAUCAGCUACCAUGGAUGUUUGAUCUAUGCACCAGCUUGGUUUGUUGUUUAUACAAAGAAAAAACAAACCCUAUGAUCAACUACAGUCAG